AUGUCUUCCACUGUCUCCGCUACCACCAGCAGCAGCUCUGCUGCUCCCACCAGCCAGUGCGCCUCCGUCCUCUACAGCCAACCCGGCGAGAGCGACAUCGUCUGCGGCGUCCCCUACACCCAGGAGUAUAUUGGCUUCAUGGAGGACUGCUGCAAGGGCGCCGACGUCGUCAGCUACUACAACAACUGCGGCCUCUCCUGCCUCAUCGUCGACCAGACCGUUGGCGACUUCAAGAACUGCAUGAACAAGGUCCACAAGGUCCCCGACCAGUUCCCUUUCUGCAGCGGCAACAGCACCGACGACAGCAGGAAGGCUACCGGCACCAAGGUCGAUCUCCCCGCCUCCCUCACGGCCUCGGUCGUUGGCGGCAGCUCCUCGACCUCUGCGACCGGAACAAAGACUGCUUCUUCUGCCACCGGCUCCAGCACCUCCGGCAGCAGCAGCAGCAACGACAAGGGCGCUGCCGCCAGCUUCGGCGUCAGCAAGAUGGCCGUCGCGGUCGGCGCCCUGCUCCUCGGCACCUUCAUUGUUGCUUAA